AUGGCCCCGAUUGUAUUUAGAUCCCGGUCAGGCCGUGGUGGUGGUGGUGGUUCAUCUCCUGCUUCUACAGUGCCAGCCAGCGCUGCUUCUGUGGAAAGGGCCAAGGCCAGUGCCAGGAGGGAACGCCUCAAUUCCACCCCACCAGCCAGAGUCAAACGUUCGAACACGGGGGUUUCUCAGUCAUCUGCCCCCAAGUUGCCUCGUCGUAUUCAGAGUGAGGAGAUUCUUAGAGAUGCCGCCGGCAAGCUAAAGUCACCUGCUACUGUAUACUACAGCCCUGAGUGCCCUGAGCAGAUUGGCGUGCAAGACCCACCGGCUCCAGAGACUAGGAAAGGGAGGAAGAGGAAGGAACCUGAACCCCCGGCAAAUGCGAACCAGAAGGUGGAUCCACCACCAAAACCUCCGCGCGCAAAAGCUACAGCUGUGAAGGCAAAAGCAAAGGCUAGUGCUAAGUCAGCCACUAGUCCAAAGGUUGAGACACCCCCGCCAGCCACUUCGAGAGCCGUCCAACAAGCUUUGAACAGAAAAUCUACUUCAGAGAUUCACUCACACCAGCCAUCGCCCCACUCUCCCAGUGCUGCCUCCGCUGCUGAAGAUUCUGAGGGCGCAGGAGCCGAGCAGCCUGCAGGUGAUAGUGAUGGUGAGCUGACGCUCGAGCAGGUGAAGGCCCGAAAAGCUGCACAUGCGAGAUUCAUGCGGUUCAGCCGCAGCUUGAAAUCACCCCGUAUCCUGUCUGCAUGCGCGCAUGUGUUGCAUCAUGGUGUAGCUAACAGUCAGAAGCUGGGUAUUUUAUAUGAGCAAUGGGCUCAAUGCGAUGGCCAUUGGACAGAAUCAUCUUUGUACAAGGAACUUCGAGUCAGCGUCAGGCACCGCCGCCGCGGCGCACGCCGCUGGUUGACUCUACAUGAGUUGACCCUAAAGUACGGCUCGGAACGAGUGGCAAGGCGCAUUGCAGAACACAAGCUGGCCGAUGCUGAGUUGGCUCGCACUCAAGUGCGGUUCCACCCGGACGCUCCGGGGGAUGAAGAUUUACGCCAGUUCCUGGUUUGGGACAUUGAUGCCGAAGAAGAUGUGCACGACACGGUCACAUCUACCAUGAUUGAUGCUGUCGAGCGUGACCAGAGUCCCAAGCAUAAGACCAAAGACAACAAGAGGGUGAAGGGCAAGCCCAACAAGAAGAAGGAUUCGAGUGAUUCCAGCAGUGAUGCUGAUGGCAGCCAUGAUGAUGACAGUUCGAGUUCGGACCCAUGGAUGAAUUCAGACUGCAAGCCUCUCCCGCCAUUCCAUGAGCCAACGCAUCGCCGUGAUACUUAA